GCACAGCAACAACAGUAAUUUCUUUAUAACGUUUGGCCCUCAGAAGCAUCUAGAUGGUAAACAUGUUGUUUUCGGUGCGAUCGAGCACGGCAUGGAAGUUCUUGAUGCUAUUGAAAAGGUGGGGACCAUUGGAGGCAAGCCUAAGAGACCAAGGGAAGGUGUUGGCAGUGGCGAAUUGAAUGUGGACUUGUUGCGACGAGAAGCAAUAGAGGCUAAUGAGAGCUUACCGUUGGGGUCUGAGGACUAUGUGGAGAGGAGUGUGGAUAGUUGGGGUAAUCCUGAUCCUGAGAUCAAUGACGAUGAUGGUGUAUACUGCAUGCCUGAGAGGUAG